GGCGCGGGCCGGGCAGCCGCUGGCUCGCGGAGAGGAUCGGCUGUGGGUCGGCGGCGGGAGUCGGCCCUGAACGGAAGUGAUGCCUCCAGGCAGGUGGUGCGCUGUUCAUCCAGCUCAGGCCCAGUCUUCAAGGGAACAAGGGCGCCUCCAAAUGAUAAAGAAGGAAGAGGAUGAAGGCUACACUUCAGUGCCAGCUGCCAGGCCUCAGACUCUCAAUCGUCCUGGCCAAGAGCUGUUCCGCCAACUCUUUAGGCAGCUUCGCUACCAUGAGUCUCCUGGGCCCCUAGAAACUCUAAGCCGGCUCCGGGAGCUCUGCCGCUGGUGGCUAAGGCCUGAUGUUCUAUCCAAGGCACAGAUCCUGGAGCUGCUGGUGCUAGAGCAGUUCCUCAGCAUUCUGCCUGGGGACCUCCGGACAUGGGUGCAGCUCCAUCAUCCUGAAAGUGGCGAGAAGGCUGUGGCCUUGCUGGAGGAGCUGCAGAGGGACCUUGAUGAGCCAUCAUGGAUGGACCCAGGCUCUGCCCAGAGCCCAGAUGUGCACUGGAUGGGUACAGGAGCCCUGCGAUCUGCACAGAUAUGGCCACCUGCUUCACCUCUCAGGAGCGGCUCUGCUCUGGGGGACCAUGUGGAGUCUCCUUGUGAAAUAGGAGCACGUGACUUCCUGCCUGGGCAAUCCGAUCCUCCUGCUGCCCAGGUGUCUGCCCCUUCCCAGAGAGAGGGGUGCUCAGGGGACCAGGUAAUGGCAACCUGGUCUUUGACAGCCCAGCCCCAGGAGGCUAUGACUUUCAAGGAUGUGGAGGUGACCUUCUCCCAGGAUGAGUGGGGAUGGCUAAACUCGGCUCAGAGGAACCUGUACAGGAAUGUGAUGCUGGAGAAUUAUAAGAACAUGGCUUUUUUGGUGGGGCCAUUCACCAAACCUGCUCUGAUCUCCUGGUUGGAAGCAAGGGAGCCAUGGGGUCUGAAUGUCCAAUCAGCUCAUCCUAAGGAGAAUCCAGGUGCUGCCGCUACCGGUAAGCUCCAGAUUAAAACAAACAAGUUCUUCCUAGAUCCAGAAGUUUUGGAAGAAGCAGAAACCUUAGCUGUGCCAUCUGGAUGUCCUGCACCAAGUGUUUCUGAGGGAACAGGACUUAGAGAAUCUUUUGAACCAAAGAGCAGGUUAAAAGAUAACUGUGCAAAUGCCAUACAAGUGAGAGUUAAGAAAGAAGAGACCAACUUCAGUCAUGGGACAGGAAAAGAUUCUGAGAUAUCAGGAAGAAAUAAUAGCCUUGACUUAAAACAUGUUACAUACUUGAAAGUUUCUGAAAGAAAGCGCUCACUUAAGCAUGGCUGUGGCAGACACUUCAGAAUGAGUUCACACCACUUUGACUACAUUAAAUAUGGAAAGGGGCUUAGAUACAUUUUGGGGGGCUUUAAUCUACAUCAAAUAAUUCAUACUGGACUGAAAGGGAAUACAAAGGACGUGUGUGAAAAAGACUUAAGCCGAAGCUCUCGUCACCUGCAUGGUCAGAAUCUUCUCACAAUGGGGAAAUCAUAUAAGUGCAAUGACUGUGGGAGGAUUUUCAGUCGUAGUUCCCAUCUUGCAUGUCACCGGAGACUUCACACUCAAGAGAAAGCGUAUAAAUGCAGGGUGUGUGGGAAAGCCUUCAGGUGGAGCUCCAACUGUGCACGACAUGAGAAAAUUCACACUGGAGUGAAACCUUAUAAGUGUAGUCUGUGUGAGAAAGCUUUCCGACGUAUGUCAUCCUACCGUCUACACCAAGAAACCCAUGCGAAGCAGCAAUUUCUUGAAUCAAAUCAGUAUGGGGAAAUGCUCACCUACAGCUUAAGGUUUGAUCAUUUGAGAGACCAGAGUGGGGAGAAGCUCUUUGAUUGUAGCCAAUGUAGGAAAUCCUUCCACUGUAAAUCAUAUGUUCUUGAACAUCAGAGGAUUCACACCCAGGAGAAACCCUAUAAAUGUACCAAAUGUAGGAAAACCUUUAGGUGGCGGUCAAAUUUUACUCGUCAUAUGAGGUUACACCAGGAGGAAAAGUUCCACAAGCAAGAAAAAUGUCAAGAAGACUUAAGGCAACCCCAGGGUGCCCCCACUGUGGACCAAACAUUUUUGUGUCAGGAGUGUGGCAAAACUUUUACUCGAAAGAAAACUCUCCAUGAUCAUCAGAGAAUUCACACAGGUGAGAAGCCAUACCAGUGUGGUGAAUGUGGGAAAGAGUUUACCUAUAGGUCAGCCUUCAUUGUUCAUAAGAAGAGACAUGCCCUGAAAAGAAAACCUGAGAGUGAGCCAUCUCGUAAUCAGGACAGAGCGUUCCCAGUUCCUCAGAUCAGUCACACGAGAGAGGAGCCCUACAAAUGUGGCCAGUGUGACCGAGCUUUCCGUAAUCCCUCAUUCCUCCUCCUCCAUCAGAGAGUCCACACUGGAGAGAAGCCGUAUAAGUGUAGGGAGUGUGGGAAAGCCUUCAGGUGGAGUUCCAAUCUCUAUCGACACCAGAGGCUUCACUCUUUUCAAAAACAGUAUGUGUGUCAUGAAAGUGAAAAGACUCCAAAUCUGGAGCCAAAAAUCCUCAAUUCUGAGAAACCUUUUUGGUGUCAAGAAUGUGGGAAAACCUUUACACGUAAAAGAUCUCUUUUAGAUCAUAAAGGAAUACACAGUGGAGAAAAGCGCUAUAAAUGUAAUCUAUGUGGAAAAUCUUAUGAUAGAAAUUAUCGCCUGGUUAAUCAUCAGCGAAUCCACACUAAAGAGAGACCUUUUAAAUGUCAGUGGUGUGGGAAAGACUUCAUUGGGAGACAAACCCUUUCUAAUCACGAGAGAAAACAUACCAGAGUGGCAAAGUCUGAAGGCAGCCUCCCGGGGUUGUCUUGUCAGGACACAGAGUUGAGUUUACAGGAAGUAAAACCAAGUGAAGAGAAGCCCUUUGAAGAUUGUGAAGAAGUUUGUGACCAGAGCUUCAGGCUCACUGAACUCCAGGACAUACCCACUGAGAAAAAGGGCCACAAAUGUAGCAUUUGUGGAAAAGGUUUUAGCAAGAGUUCACAACUUAUUAGCCACAAGAGAUUUCAUACUCGAGAGAGGCCCUUCAAAUGCACCAAGUGUGGGAAGACCUUCAGGUGGUCUUCAAACUUGGCUCGGCACAUGAAAAAUCAUAUUAGAGAUUAGCCUGGGACCUGACAGUGACAACGAGGGGAAAUGAUUUCUAGCUACCCUGCUAGAGAACCCUUAAUUAUAGGCACUGUGGGGAAGACCUUUACAAAGGGUUCCCUUUCUGUUUUGGAAACCAGUGAGAGAAUCCUGAGGAUUUACAAACUCAGGAAGUCCUCAGCUUACCUGUUGGAAAGCUAUAUUGGGGAAAAACAGCAAUGUGUUCUUUGGAGCUCUCCCCAGAACUUGGGCCCAUAGGAAUGGCGUUUGCACCAUAGCUUGGCGCUCCCUCAGCCAGGUCUCUUACCAUACCUCUGAAGAGAGAGACCAUUGCCCUUUGUGGGUGAACACCAUGUUUAUGGCAUCAUGGGCCAUGGCUGCUGGAAAGGGGCCUGUUGGAUGCUGAGUUUCUCUUCAACUUGGCUUGUGAAGGCACCUAUUCUGUUGACUUUAAAACAGCAGCAGUAAUGUGCUCCUAGUCUCCCUGUUUGCCCCCUGGGGAGUUCUGGCUGGGCCUUCAGGCUUCAUAGCUGGUUUUUAUAUGGCAGAGGGGUUAGAGUUGUCUCAGUGCUAGGUAGGAACAUGGUGCUGGGCUUGACCACUUGGAGUAUGGAGCUCUACUGGUGGUGCAUUGCCAUGCCCACCCCAUGGGUGUCCACAGGCAACCCCAGUCCAUCUGUUCAGUGGAAAUGUGCUAAGCACUUCGUGUGUGCCCAAGACCUGACAGUGAUCAGAACAGACAAAAGUCUUGCCAUCUUGGAUCUUUACAAAUGAUAAACCAAUAUAUAGUAUGCUGAAUGGUGAUGUGUGGUAUGGACAAAGUAGAUCAGAGAAGACUGAAAAGGAGUGUUAGACUGGGAGGUGGGUUGUGACUUUCAAGAGAAUAAUGAAGGAGGCCCUCAACUGAGAUGGUGAAAUUUGAGCAAAGACCUGCUGUGUAGAUUUUUUUUUUUUUUUUUUUUGG